AUGAGCUACCCAGUACAGUAUGCCGAGGAGGGCGACGCGCGGGCGCUGGCUCGCAUCAACCUCCUCAGCUUCGAGUCACAGGGCCUGUUGCAGCAAAUUUUCUAUGAAGCCGACUCCGCGGCUUUAGAGCUUCACAAAGCCAACAACUGUAUCAAGCACCUCACCAACCGGCAGAUGCAUGUGCUCAAGGUCGCUGAUCCGCACACCGGAGAGGUAGUGGGGUACGCACGAUGGCAGCUCCCCGAGGCCCUCUGGCCACGAGACGAGAUCCCUGUUCUCAGUCAGGAGGGGCAGGAGAUUGCCCAGGAUAUCAUGCGUUUGGCCCCGCGUCCCAUGAAUGAGGCGCUCUUCACGGCUUUCCGGUCAUUGUUGGAACAGUGUCGGAAGAAGUACCUGGCGGAAAAUGACAUUGGUCUGACGGAAUAUCCUCCAUCGAGUGAAGUGCUGGAUCUCCUCGCCACAUUACCGUCUCAUCAAGGUCAAGGUUUUGGCUCCGCUCUUUUACGCUGGGGCACCGCCAAAGCCGACGAGAAGCAGGUUCGGAUUUUCCUGGAGGCUACGGUGGGCGGCUACCCAAUCUAUCUGAAGUAUGGUUGGAAGCCACUGGAGGAGGUGUCCAUUGACCGGGAGCAGUAUGGGGGCCGUGGGCGCGAUCGGUUUAUCUUGAUGAUGAGGGAUCCAAAGCCACUGGUAUAG